GGCGUCAUGGCAGGAGAGGACAGGGAGAUUCAUCCGUCUCCAGAAGACCUGGAGUUUAGCGGACCUGUUCAGUGUCCCAUAGACAGAUGUGGGAAGGAGCUGCCCAGCUCUGCCUGCCUCCGCAUGCACGUGACUCGCCGCCAUCAGGGCAAACCGCUGGCAAGAGCGCCAGGCAGCCUCGUUAGGGAGGGCUGUGCUGCCUUCUACUGUCCCGUGAGAAGCUGCAACAGGAGCAAAGAAGGGGGACAACCGUUUCAGAGGCGGGGGCAGCUCAAACAGCACUACCAGACGAUGCACGGAGAGAAAAACUACUCGUGUGAUAAGUGCGGCAAGAGGUUUGCUCUCAGAGACGCAUGCAGCAGACACGAGCAGGAGUGUCAACAGAAGAUUGUCUGCUCUUCAUGCGGGCUGGAUUUCAGAAGCCGAAACGCCCUCUAUCAGCAUGCCAAACGAAAGGGGCACACCCUCCCGAGUGGAAAGAAACAGACAGUGCGGAGGCCUUCAAACCCUCUGAAUGUUGUAUUUGUACCUGUCCCAACCAGUAUAAAACUGGUUGUACCUCUUCCAGAUAAAGGCAGGGUGGUCUCAAGUGCCACUCAGACCAAUGAAGAGAUGCCCACUGUUGGCACGCCGGCCAAACUAGCACCAGAAGUGGAGCUCCAGUCUUCCAGUAGUCAGACUACCCUCUCUCCCCUCUCUCCCUCCUCCUCCUCCUCUUUUAAUCACAACCAGCUCCUCCGCUCACCCUCAGAGCUCCUCAGCCUGGGCACACAGACUAACUUGUCUCCUCCCCCGGCCCCUCGAGCCAACACCUCUCUCGUGGUUUCGACCCAGACGCUCUCUGCCCAGUUAUCUGACUUUGGGACC